AUCCAGAAACCACGCCGUUCAAACGAGCAGGUUCUUCCGCCUAAAAACACAACGUUACAGCUGUAAAAGUAAAUUAAAGAUGAUUUACUGGAUGAAGAGGAACAAAGGCGGCUCGGGGAUUCCCGACAGCGUCAGUAUCAUGUCUAAGUCGGAGAUCUUGAGAGAAAUCGUCACCGAGAAACUGACAACAGCCGCGCAGGAAAUCUUCGCGGUUGUGGAGAGAACCGUAGCCGGGUACGAGGAGGAGGCUUCGGGUCUGAGGCAGGAGAUCGACCGGCAGAGGAGGCAGCUGGAGGCGGUGCUGCAGCCUCGGGUCAAACUACAGAGAAGAGAAGACCUGAUCCCACGUCAGGAAGGCCAUGAGGCUGUUGUGAGGUUGGAAGAAGAGGAGGAGGAGCAGACACAGCAGUCAGAUGUGGAGGUCAGUGUGAGCCCGGGCCCGUGGGAUGAUGAUGAUGAUGAUGAUGAUGAUGAAGAGGGUGACGGUGGAGAGGAAGAGCAGCAGCUGUCAGCGCCACCAGCUACGAGCCCCAGACGAGAAGAUCUGAAGGACCCAGACCAUCAAAUGAAACCAAGGUCCAUUUCCCCCACAGCCUGGUCUGACAGGAAAAGGGCCAGCAGACCUCAGAUCAGUGACACACAGAGCCACAUAGAUCUCAAAAUUCGUAUCCUGGAAGACUCACAGAUCAAUGUGCUCUCAACAAGCGGGCUUUAUAAACUUCCGGUACAGGAGCUGCAGUGUCCUCGUGGCCUGCAGGAGACGGACUUCCUGGACCUGCUGAGGUCCACCUUCCCUCAGCUGGCUGAUCAGAAACAGUUUGACUUCUGCACAUUUGGCAGGAGCAGGACGCCCCAGCCUCUGAGAGUAAACACGCAGACACCAGAGGAGAUUUACAAGCGGCUCAUCGACGCAAGAAAGACUUACCUCUUCAUCCGACUGAAGACUGAAGAGGAUCCUCAGAGCAGCAGUGAAGACCGUCAUCCUGUUGAGAAACGAGAUGAUUCUCCAUCCAGCUUUGCCUCCACGUCAGCUGAUCAAACCCAAAUGAACCCCAGAUCCAUUUUCCCCAGAGGCCAGUCUGAAAGACCCAGCAAACCUCAGAUCAGUGACACACAGAGCCACAUAGAUCUCAAGAUUCGCCUCCUGGAGGACUCGAAGGAAAAUGUGCUCUCUAAAACUGGGCUUUAUAAACUUCCAAUACAGGAGAUGCAGUGUCCUCGUGGCCUGCAGGAGGCGGACUUCCUGGACCUGCUGAGGUCCACAUUGCCUCAGCUGGCUGAUCAGAAACAGUUUGACUUCUGCACAUUUGGAAGGAGGAGGAGGCUCCAGCCUCUGACAGUAAAUACACUGACACCAGAGGAGAUCUACAAGCGGCUCAUUGACGCAAGAAAGACUUACCUCUUCAUCCGACUGAAGACCAAAAAGGAUCCUCAGAGCAGCAGUGAAGAUCCUGUAGAUGAUUCUCCAUCCAGCUCUGCCUCCACGUUAGCUGAUCAAACUCAAAUGAACCCCAGGUAACUACAAACUAAAGAGAA